AAACCUGGCAGUCGCGGUCGCUCGUGGACGCGCGGCCAAUGAAAAAACUUACUGUAAUCGCGAUCUCAAACCCGGGGUCUUUGGUACAGCGCCAUCUAUUGGCAAAAAAUUGAACUUACAAGUGUUCGUGAAAUCGUAUGGAGCAACUGAAAAGGCAAUCAUGGUGGUGAACGGAAAAUUGGACAAAAAUGUGAAAAAUGACUCUUCCAUUGCAACACUCGACGAGGCGAUGUUAUUAACUGGUUUCGGCAUAUACAAUAUCCUGCAUAUGCUGCUCAGUGGUCUGAUCCUGAUGGGGGUGAUCAUGCAGAGUCUGGUGAUGGGGUACGUGAUGCCGGCCGCGCAGUGCGACCUGGACCUCACCCUGCCGCAGCGAGGCUGGCUCUCUGCCAUACCUUUCCUAGCUAUCAUCCUAACAUCAUACUUCUGGGGCUGGUUGGCGGACACGCGUGGCCGUCGCUUCGUGAUGCUGUUCUCCAUGAUGAUCUCCGUGGGCUUCUCCGUGCUGGCCAGCCUCGCGCCCGACAUGAUCUCCUUCGGUGUACUGGCCUUUUGCUCCGCUGUUUUCAUGUCUGGGUCAUCAGCAGUCGUGUACACGUACCUGGGGGAGUUCACCAACCUGCGGCAUCGGGACAAGAUGGUGGCCUUCGGAUCUUCCUUCGUUGGGAUUGGGACCGUUGUACUGCCAGCUGUAUCGUGGCUCAUUCUUCCCCUGGAGUUCUCCCUCCCAGUGCCAUUCCUGGGUAUCGACUACCGGCCCUGGAGGCUACUGAUAGUCGCUUGCACGCUACCGUUUGUCUUGGGCACGCUGUUCCUGAUCAUCGCUCCGGAGAGCCCCAAGUUUCUCAGCGCUUCGGGGAAAUCUGAAGAGUGUUUAGCAGUACUGAGGAAGAUUUACGCUGUGAACGGGAGAUUGUCUGAGGAAACCUAUCCGGUGAAAACGUUAGUAUCGGAAGCCACCAGCUCUAAGUCCAAGGACACCAAGGGUCUGGCAGGCAUCCUCACAUCGAUGCGGGAGCAGACAGCGCCUCUGUUCCGUUCACCGCUGCUGCCUUGGACAUGUCUCACCUGCUUCGUACAGUUCGGGAUAUUUGCCACCACAAAUGGGUUCUAUAUUUGGAUUCCAACCAUUCUGAACUCUCUCGCCAACCACGAAGGCGUUGAGACCAGGAUAUGUGCCGUGCUUGACGCCAGCCAAGCCAAGCCUGCCAAUGGGACACAGAUCAAAUGUGACGACACAAUGAAUACUGCAACGUUUGAGAUGUCGAUCUACAUCGGGCUGGUGUUCUGCUCCAUGUACAUAAUCGUGGGCUUCCUCGUGGACUUCAUAGGCAAGAAGCUUAUCCUCGUGGUGCUGUUGGCCAGCACUGGGCUGUGUGGCAUCGCCGCGCACCACGCUGUCAGCCAGAUGCUGGCGGUCGGCCUGUUCGCGAUCUUCCAGAUGUGUGGCGCGUGCAUUGGCCUGAUGAACGCUGUUACAGUCGAGCUGUUCCCUACGAAAUAUAGGGCAAUGGCGGUAUGCUUAUCAAUGAUGAUGGGUCGCGUGGGGUCUAUGGCCGGCUCCAACCUCAUCGGCUUGUUCCUCACCAUCAACUGCGGCGCGAGCUUCUACCUCUUCGGCUCCAUCAUUAUAGUAUGUGCAUUAUGCUGUCUCACUCUACCGGGCAAGAACAGUGGUCCUAUCGAGAAGCACAAGACAGAAGCGACACAAUACCAAACUCACGAACCUGCAUGAAGACAAUUCGCACAUAUGUCGGGUAUUCUCGGAUUUUGUCGGAAAUUUCCGGCUCUUGUCGGGUGUUUCCGGAUUCCUUACAUAUCGUGUAUAGAGGCUGUGAAUUAAAUAAGGAUAUAUCGUUGCUUACUUUAAACUUUGAAACUUUA